UGACACAUGUUGAAUAAGUUAAAGGUCAUGGACUUUUUAUUAAGCUGAGUUCACCCCGCGAGCGACCAACAAGACCCCACCUCAACCUGCUGCGUCAUUGUAGCUUCCUUCAGUGCAUCUGCAACGGAAACCUGAUGAGGCUUCAAAUUACUAUCUUCACAUUUCUUCAAUUUCUGCCACCGAUAUACACCCUUCAAAGCUUCCCAGCAUGUCUUACAAGACUGUACCACUCUACGGUGGCGCAAUCGUCGUUUCGCUACCCGACCAGUUUGCCGAUGUCAGCCGACUGCGCGAAGUCCCCGAUCACCAAGAAGUCUGGAUCGACAAAGAUGGCUUCACAAGCAUCGUCUUUGAGAUCAACGAGCGAGUGGGCGAGAAAGGCACCGGUCCCGAGAUCGACGGUCGUGCCUUGACACGACAUCUGGAGGAUGUAGUUGAAGAGGAUAUUGACCGGCUCAAAGUCUGGAAUACCACGCCGACACUCUUUUCGCGCCUCGACGAGAACGUCCCAGCAUAUACGCUCAUCGCUACCAUAACACCGAAAUCGAGCUCGGACAAGGACCGAAAGUCUGCGCCCGACUUCACUGCACUAAUCAUGACCCUGGUGCGGCUUGAGCGUGAGAUGACAGACUUUCUCAUCACCAUCAAUGUGCCUCACAUCAAAGGCGAAUACGACGAGGACGAUAUCGAUUUGGAGUUGGGCAAACAAGGAAAGUUAAUAGGCGAUGCAGUCGAUUAUGCCGCUAAGAUCUGGGAGACCUUCAAGGUCAAGGACUGGAAUUUGUUCAGUGAGGUAUAGCCUAGCACGGAUAAGACUAGGAGCAGGCCUGUCUUUUAUGUCUGGAAUGACAAGUUUGGCAAACUUUUGGAUGGAUUACGAAAUGAACGAAUAAUGCUAGGUCACAUGUUCAUGCAUGUGUAUAUCUGCGUUGCGUCGAUUGUAC